AUGGAACAUCAAAACACAGACAUGGACACAGAGUCUCUUCAGAAACGCGAGAGACGGCGUGGAAGCUGCCUGGACGUUUUUCUCGUCGUGUCCAUUAUUUUCCUGUUUGCAGCGGUGGUGACUGUGGCUGCUGGUGGAGUGAUGAUUAUGAUGGAGCUGAGGUCCAAAGUGGAUUCCUCAUCUCCCUCCUCAGAGUCUAUGACUUCAACGUUAACAGGAGACACACCAUCCCCAGCAUACAAGAUGCAGAAUUAUGCCUACCUGGAAGCCACCUCAAGUGUUUUGAAGAACUACACCAUGUCCUUUGCUGCAGUCAAGUACGGCUUAGGGCAAUCUGUUGGAAGCAACUUCGUUUUUGACUCCAACAAACAAUCACUGCAAGUCAAACGGACAGGGACCUACUUCAUGUACAUUGAUCUCAAACUCACCUGCACCAGCACAUGCAACACAGGCCUCCUCAGAGUGCGUCUUGACAAGGACCUCCUCACCUGUGAGGUGGAACUUUCAGCAGAAGACCCAACACCUAAGAGCAGGAAGUGCUGGACAGUGAGCCAGAUUCACGAGAACACACCGCUGCUCGCUCAGAUGGAAAUACCAAAGGAGGGACUGAAGAACUGGAAACUGGAGCUGAACAGCUCAAAAUUUGGCGUGUUCCUUGUGGACUAAUAUGGACACUGUAGAGCCGCUUCUGUCCUCAAAAUGCAGGUCUGCCCGUGAC